AUGGUGUCUCCCACAACCCCGGAAGUGUUUAAGGCCCUAGUAGUCGGUGACAGGAUGAGUGGUAAAUAUGGCUUGGUGGGCUACAACAGUUCGCGGAAGCACAUCUCGAUCUCCAUCCCCUCGUCUUCGGAGCAGGUCAUGUCUCCUCACAUCAAAUCUGUGGAGGAGCUGAGGGUCCUGGGCAUCAACCUCAGCAGCUUCAGCGCUCCCACACAGUUCUUCAUCUGUGUGGCUGGAGUCUUCCUCUUUUACCUCAUCUAUGGAUAUCUGCAGGAGCUGAUAUUUUCUGUGGAGGGAUUCAAGCCUUUUGGUUGGUACCUCACCCUUAUUCAGUUUGGUUUUUACUCCACAUUUGGACUCAUCGAGCUUCAGCUCACACAAGACAAACGCAGGAGAAUUCCGGGAAAGACUUAUAUGAUAAUAGCAUUUUUAACAGUGGGCACAAUGGGCCUGUCAAAUACCUCUCUGGGCUACUUGAAUUACCCCACACAAGUCAUCUUCAAGUGCUGUAAACUAAUACCCGUCAUGAUUGGAGGAGUGUUUAUACAAGGAAAACGGUAUAAUGUGGCAGAUGUGUCUGCAGCCUUAUGCAUGAGUUUGGGAUUAAUAUGGUUUACUUUGGCUGAUAGCAAAGUCGCCCCAAACUUCAAUGUUACAGGCGUUCUCCUGAUUUCCCUGGCCUUGUGCGCUGACGCUGCUAUUGGAAAUGUACAGGAAAAGGCGAUGAAGCUGCAUAACGGCUCCAACUCUGAAAUGGUGCUUUAUUCCUACUCUAUCGGCUUAGUGUACAUCCUCACAGGGCUGCUCUGUGUGGGCGGCCUGGGUCCGGCUGUGGCCUUCUGCUCGGAGCAUCCUGUUAAGACAUACGGUUAUGCAUUCUUGUUCUCGCUCACGGGUUACUUUGGCAUCUCCUUUGUUUUGGCCUUGAUUAAACUCUUUGGUGCCUUGGUUGCUGUGACAGUGACCACUGGACGGAAGGCCAUGACUAUUGUACUCUCCUUCAUGUUCUUCACAAAACCUUUCACUUUUCAAUACAUUUGGGGCGGCCUUCUGGUGCUCUUCGGCAUCUUUUUGAAUGUUUACAGUAAAAACAAAGAUAAAAUGAAGCUUCCCACAAUCAAGGACCUCCAGAGUUUGCUUAUUUCAGGAAAGAAAGUCCGGUUUCUCUCUCAAAAUGUAUAG